CGCCACUCUGCUCAUGCUGAAUGGUUAUUCUUUCUCCAACCCCUCCCCGUUGCCAGGAGGCGAACGCUGGUUCUGCUCGGGCAGGACUAAGUGGAAGUGCUCGGUCUGUCUCCACGUCAAUGAUGAUUAUGAGCUGCUGAACUAAUAACUCUGGACAAUGGUAUCUCCAGGCUAGCAUUCCGAGAAUACACGUUCAGUAACCCAACAAUAGUGGCUCACGGGACCUCGUGGAGAUGCUCGGGCCGAACCGCCUACUCUUGCAAGUUGAAUUAGACCAGCAGUUAGAACUGGAAGUACUAGCCCAGUAUGAGGAACAAUUAGUAGAACAACUAGAGGAAGUGGAACCCGAAGAAAUAGUAGAAAUGGAUGAAGAUUGCGAAGAUGUUGCUCUUUUUGUACAAUCUCGCAAAGGACACACUAUACUUCAAUAUGGCGGCCAUAGAUAUAGAAAGGCGUAUAGGUCCAAACAUGGCAUUAGAUGGAACUGUUCUACAGACAAGGGAUGUCCGGCGUUCCUUUAUCUAAAUGACCAUGAUGAGAUCAUCAUGUCCAACAAGAUUCACAAGCACAGCCUUCCUUCAAUGAGAAUAUCGACACGGAUCAAACUGACACAGCAGUCGUCAUCACGUCUCGCAAAGGCAAGGAGAUGCUUCUCUUCCGGCAAUACACCUACCGCCGUCAAUACACCAAACCUAACAGAACCAGAUGGGUCUGCUCCACGCUCAAGAACUGCCGGGCUUGUGUCUUCACUGACGAUGAUAACUUCAUCACUUCGGCUUUUGAAGAGCACUGCCAUGACCCGCCUAAAUAUUACCUUAAACCGGAUCAUGUGCUAGGAGCGAUAAGGGAACCUAUUGUUGACAGUUAGAUUUCUUAAUAGUAGUUAAUGUAAUGAAAUGGGUUGGACUGUACUUUAUUUAAUUCUUAACAUGACAUCUUAACAUCAAAGUGCACUCGAAUAGACACUGAUGAUUUAGUUGCAGGUUCUACAGAAUCUUGAGACUCCUUACAAGCGUCAUAAAUAUAUUGACAAAAUGGUUAACAUAUUUUCAAGUUUAUGUCGUACAUUUAAUUGUGCAUAUAAUUUAAGUUGCCAAUUUUUUUACUUGUAAUUUUUGCAUGUAAGAUAUUUUAGUUGUAUACCUGAGGUAUAAUAUUGUACUAUGUUUGGUUUGGUUUAAUUAAGGGGAUCAAUAAUGAGGUUUCAUUUUGUAAAUAUCAACGGAAGUUAAUAUUGUUUACAA